UCCGUCAUCGGUUUUCUCGGGCAAGAAUAAAUCCUGCUGUUUUCUCGCUCUAUUUUCCGGGAAAAUCUACAGAAGCCAUGGCUUCCUCCACCCUCCUCCUCCACUCUCGAACCCUCCUCCCGCCGAGACAAAACCCUCACCCUAUCGCCUCUCGCGAGCCCAAGCCCCAAUCCAUCCAUCUCCUCCGUCUCAGCUCCCUCCCCAAGCCCCGCACGCUCUCCCUCUCCCCGACCACCUCCAGACCUAACCUCACCGCCAGGGCCGCCGCUUCCUCGCCGCCGGCGAUCGCUCCCGCUCCGCCGCCGCACGCCAAGCUCGGCGAAUCGAUCCGCACCGUGAGCUCAGUGCUCGCCCUGGCGGUAGGCGUGUCGAUUUCGAUUGCGAGGCUGGUCCAGAAGCUCCCGGUCGAUAAAGUCCUCGCCUUGCUGUCGAAAUUGAGCCCCGGCCCUCAGGAGCUCGCCGCGGCCCGAGAGCUUGGAGGGAGCCUGUCUCGCGCGGCGGGGCCGCUGUUCUUCGCGGCGCUCCGCGACCGCCCCAGCGGGUACCUGAACACGCCGCUGACGGUGGUCGCCGCGGGCCUGGCGAAGUGGCUCGACAUCUACAGCGGGGUUCUGAUGGUUAGGGUUCUGCUCAGUUGGUUCCCGAACAUCCCGUGGGAGCGGCAGCCGCUCUCGGCGAUUAGGGACUUGUGCGACCCGUACUUGAAUCUGUUCAGGAAUAUUAUUCCGCCGAUUUUCGAUACUUUGGACGUGAGUCCGCUUUUGGCUUUCGCGGUGUUGGGGACUCUCGGUUCGAUCCUGAAUAACAGCAGGGGAAUGUAUUGAAUAACUGGAGAAGAUUGGUGUGGAUAGUAUGGUGGGAAAUUGGGUUGGUGGAUGGUCGUUAUAGUGAGUGAAAACACAUUUGCGUUUGUUGAAUUUAGAUUUCAUCAGCUGCUUUGUAUGAUUGUAGACUGAGUAUUAGUUGCUGUUGUACGCCACAGUGGUUAUAUUGGUUUUGCCAAGCUAAUAUAAAUUUUGGAAAUUUUGAAGUUCUAA